AUGAAGUCCAUCUUCGCCCUUACCAGUCUCCUCUCUCUCUUCCUCUCUACCAGUGCAGCAGACCCCCGUCUCUGCGCCAAAGGCAAUGACCCUCUCCCGGCUUCAGCCUUUACCCUCCAACAAACCAAGGACAACACCCAUCUAGCCUCACUCUCUCAUAUAUUCUCCUCGGCCGGCAAAAAUGUCAGCAUCCCUCACGUGCUUGACUCUGCCAACCGUGACCUCGCCAAGGGGAAGCCUCCUGUCGGGACGAGCCCCGUCGAAGCCUGGAAAUGGAACUCCGGCGACAUGGCAACUAAGAAAUGGGUGCCGCAGGGGAUCACCGGUUCCGCUGAUGCCUCAGCCUCGGGCAAAUGGGACGGCCGCGACAUGUGGCUUGUCAGCUGGCACCGCGACGAUGAUAAAAGCGUGCGCGUGAGCUUUGUCGACCGCAAGACGCACAAGUACCGCCAUGUGCUACUGGUGGAGCCCACUGCGGACGAUAACUUUGCUGCCGUGCCAGUGCAUGCAGGUGGCAUUGCGUGGUACGGAGAGUGGUUGUAUGUGGUGGAUACGUCGCAUGGGAUCCGAGUGUUUGAUCUAGGUCAGAUCUGGCAGGUUGAGGAGGGCGACGAUGUUGGAAAGAAGGGUGGAAAGUACUCUGCGGCGGGAUACCUCUAUGUUCUUCCUCAGGUUCGCUCCUACAAAUGGACACCCGGAUCCUCGUCUCCCUUCCGCUUCUCUUGGGUCUCUGUCGAUCGCAGUGACAACACGCUGUUGGUCGGCGAGUUCAUCCGCGACUCAUCCAAAGACCCCAUCCGUCUGGUGAAGUACCCGCUUGACACCAACAGUGGCAAGCUCAAGACCAACGACAAGAGCAUCGUCACCGCCACAUUUGCGCACUGCGCCGACUUUUUGCGCAUGCAGGGCGGCUUCUCCUACGAUAACACAUUCUACCUCUCACGCAGCAAUGGACGGUCACCCAAAGCCGGGGAUAUGUUCAAGUGGAAGCCUGGAAAACCAGCGGAAUUGCGUAAUGGAUGGUUCAUGGCGGGGAAUGAGGAUUUGAGCUAUAACAAGGUGCGCAAGGAGUAUUAUACUGUGAGCGAGUAUGAUGGGGAGCGAUUCAUUCUGGCUUAUAACAAGAUGUAG